CCCGACCGCUGGCCCGGGGCCGCUGCGGGCUGCGUCCGCCGGACGGGAACCGCGGGGACACCACCGCUGCCUGGCUGAGCCCUGGGUGCCCUGGGGGCUCGGCGGCGAGUCGAGGCCAGGCAUGGGCUUGAUAUUUGCCAAGCUGUGGAGUCUCUUCGGUAACCAAGGCUCUGCUCUUCUGCUUUGGCAACUCUGUUAUGGAUUUUCUUCUUCCUUUGCAAAGAACGUGGUGGACUGGGAAGAUAUUAACGAGUACAACCCAAACUGAGUUUGAAUACCAGCCAGUAAAAGGGAGAAACUUGGGUUAGUCUAGCACAAAGUAAUCAUAGUGGGACUUGAUAAUGCUGGAAAGACUACUAUUCUUUACCAAUUCUUAAUGAAUGAAGUGGUUCAUACUUCUCCGACCAUAGGAAGCAAUGUAGAAGAAAUAGUGGUGAAAAACACUCAUUUCUUAAUGUGGGAUAUUGGAGGACAAGAAUCGUUACGGUCCUCAUGGAAUACCUAUUAUUCAAACACAGAGUUCAUCAUUCUUGUUGUUGACAGCAUUGAUAGAGAGCGACUUUCUAUUACAAAAGAAGAACUUUAUAGAAUGCUGGCUCAUGAGGAUUUACAGAAGGCUGCAGUUCUCAUCUUUGCAAACAAGCAGGACAUGAAAGGUUGCAUGACAGCUGCUGAGAUAUCUGCAUACCUCACCCUUAGCUCCAUAAAGGAUCACCCGUGGCACAUUCAGUCCUGUUGUGCUUUGACAGGAGAAGGAUUAUGCCAAGGCUUGGAGUGGAUGUCCUCCCGUAUUGGAGUGAGAUAGCUUCUUUUUUCUUUCCCAAAAGAAGAGACUUCUAUUUAUCCUGUGAACAUGUACAUUUUUCUGUACUUCUGGCUGCUGAGGCAGUGACCAUGUUUAAUUUAUAUCAGCCAAACCCCAUGCUGUACUUGAAUCAAGUGCAGUUGAACUGAAACACAAAGUAUUUUCUUAACUUUUUUUAAUACACUAAUCUUCAACUAGAUGAACGUAUGUGAAUCUGUUUUUAAACAUUGAUAUUCCUCUGAAUAUGUAUUCUAACUUUUUAAAUGAUAGCUUUUAAAAAUCUGUUUUCUCAUCGUCAAUAUUUCAUACUUUCUCUUUCUAAAUACCUUAUAUAACUUAAUAACAUCAAUGAAUGCAGUUUGUUUAAUAAUGAGAAAGUAGUGAGUAGAUUGACUUUACUCUGGCAUAGCUUUAGCCCCUAAGGAUAACCGUAUCUCCAUCUGGGCUUCCUGGAACAUCACUAAAGUUCCAACCAGCACAGGAGUUAAUAGUUAUGAAUGCAAAUUUUUAAAUGCUGAACAAGUUAGUUAUAGUUAAUAUUGUGCUGGCUUUCAACCUGGUACAUAAUGGAACUUCUGCCUUAAAUCUAUUUCAUUCUCAGUUUCUCUGGUAAGUAGUUCUAGGAUAUAAUUCUUUUACUUGAAAAUGCAUCUCUGUACAGUGGAUAGAAAUCUUCUUUGAAGUGCUGGUUUAGUCAUCUAGAACUUGAAUACCUUUCUAAAAACAAUCCUCUUGAUAAUUAAAUUUGGAAUCAUGACAGCCAGUGUUAUGUGUAGACUUGCUGUAAUCUGUUAAAAUUUUAAAUACUGUAUACAUGAGCCUUCCUUACAUUUUAGUGAGAGUGUUGUUUUCUAAAUGAAUGCAAGAUCAAAAGGGAUGCCAGAUUUAUAAACAGAACAAAAUAAUGGUGCUGUAUCUGCAGAUUUCAGAGUGAAGCUUAUCUUGACAUUUAUUUACAUACUAUCAAAUAUGUUUUCAGAUUCUAUUGCAAAGAAAGUAUUUUGCCUUAGUUUUUGUUUUCAGUCUUAUUUGCAGGAGCUGGGAACUUUUGAUGAUGUUUGAAUUAAAUUAAUUCACCUGAAAUUUAGGAACUAAAAGCUGAAAAAGUAAAAAGCUUCCACUUGAAAAACAGAUGUUGAAAGACUGGACCUUACUCUCAAUUUGAAGGGAAUGAAGUUAAAUCUGUAAAGAGAAUCUAAAGCUACAGAUGAGGUUAAUUGAGAACAUCAGAAGAAAAAAAAAGUGGCAGACACCCAGUUCCUAGUGGAAUCCCAGCAGCAGUCAAGGAUCUAACCUACAUAAACGCUUGUCAGGCUUUCCAGAAGCACCAUCCUGCACUUUUGUGUGCCUAAAACCCAUGUAGCCAGGUUACUGGAACCAUUAUGCCAAUUGAUUAGAAUCCUUCAAUGACAAAAUGUUUUUGAUAAAUCUUAUUUUAAUAAUUCAAGCACACUGAGUUUUCCUUAAUAAAAUUUUAAGUUUUGUAAAUGAAA